AUGCUACUGCAAGGUGUGUUUUCAUACCUUGUCACCCUCUACAUUUGCCACGCGUCACAAGUUUUGCGGCCCAAACAACAACGUCCACACCGGCAUCAUUUGGAUGUGCGGCAUUUUCGCGACAACUGGUUCGGCGACAUCCCCGACCCUUUCAUUCGGCGCGGCAUUUUCAGCCUACCCUGCGCUCCGAGCGAGGACGCCGAGGAUGCGCACGUGGAUUGUGCGUCACGGAACCUGGAGCAGAGUCUUUGCGUUACGAAGAUGUUGGGCGUGCUGACGUCAACCUGCUCGUACCCGGCUACGAUUUGCGAAGGGGGCGAUUGCGUGAAGCGGUUUCAACCCUGCUUCGUAGGAAGCGAAUAUGACUACGGUAAGGAUUACUCAUUUACUGCUAAUUUUACUCGUUUCCGUUUCAAGCCUAAUCGUCGAGAAAUUUGGGGAAAUCCGGCAUUUCGGGGGGAAAAUCGGGCCCAAAAUUUUAGUUAAUCUUACCGUCGUGACCUUAAAAAGUAGCGAUUUCGAUGACACCAUGUUCAGAAAUAGAGCUAUAUAAUCCCGUGCCUACAAAAAAUAAACUUUUUCGACGUUUUUAAACACCACUAAUAUCUGUAAAAUGACUAACACGCCCUUUACACCCCACUUUGUAUUUUGUAUUUUCCCUGAGGCAGUUUUUCAAGUAGCGCUUCAGAAAUUGUGUGAGUGCCAUUACAUCUCACCAGACUUUGAAAUAGUAUUAUAUUGUCGUCUCAAGUUUGGAAAAUAAUUCAUUACAAGCAAUUAAUCCUUGGCCUUGCUAAGCCAAUGGCUUUGCAGUGACUUGCUAUUUCGAGGAAGUUCUCAACUUAUUAAGCUUCACACAAAGCUUAGCCAAGCGUUUUUUAGUCUUUAGGACAUAGAGAAAAAGGGGUUUGAGAUUUGCAAAAUCUUUUUUGAUAUUUCCCACAAAUCGCUACGAAAUUUAACCGCUUUUGUUUUCAGCUGCCAAGGAGAUUGUGCACAGUCUGGAUCCAUACCGAGCGGCGAAGGAAAUGUGCCGUAAAAAUCGAUUCAACCCCUUCGACAUGGUACGAUCGUUCUGCUGUUGGACAGAAGAGUGCCGGAGUCGAUGCUACCCCGCGGAUGUCUUUGGUAGGCCGAGAUAGAAGCCUGAGGACGCCUGUGGAGGCUUUAGAUGCAGAUAACUACUAUCUAUUGUGCCCGUGGAAGAUGUUAAGCGAGCGGCAACAUCUGAGAGCGCUACAGUGGGGCAGAAAGCUUGCUUUGCGAACAGAGAGGAGUCUGUUGUCAAUUUGGAGGUGA